AUGCCAAAGUCUUGCAGGAAGUGGCUAAAAGAGUUCUUCCGGGGUCGUGGUACAGCGUCGCCGGCUUCGUCUAGCGCGCAGUCAGUGGACGUCCAGUCCGAGCAGAAACCCGCGCAACAUGGAUCGAAAGCGUCUUCAAUUAUUGCAGCAAAGCCAUGCGCUCCUCUCUCCCCGUCUGCCGCCGACCCUCAGGCAGCCCGACCCAGCACAGAGGCGGCGAUAACAGAUUGUCGCCAGCUAACUGCAGCGUCACAAUCUUCGUCUCCAGAACUCCCCGUCGAGCCCCAAAACAAGCCAACAGCGACCGAGUUUACAGAACAACCAACCCCUGCCAUUUCCACGUCUGAGAGGUUGUGGAACGCCGCGUACGACAGCCUUGAGUUGGAGGAUGCAGAGCUUGUCGGGUCGUACGUGAAAAUUCUGGAGAAAGUUCUCGGCGGCGAGACCAGUGAGCCCUCCACAGCCGACGCCCGAGCUAAGCUGGAGGAUCCAACCACGCGACAAAAGCACAUGAAGGAGUUGGUUCAAAAGGGCCAGGAGAAAAUAUCCAAGGCUUCUAGGAUAACUGCCGGGGUGGGAGAUGUCGCCGAUUUCGUCCUGUCCGCCAAGGAAAUGGUCGAUUUGGUACUCCAAAGCGUGCCCCAAGCCGCGCCGGCUGCACUUCCAUGGGCCGGUGUUUGUCUUGGGCUGCAGAUGCUGCGGAAUCCUGCACAAGCGACAAGAACCAACCUUGCCGGUAUCGCCCACGUUAUCUCCAGAAUGGAUUGGUAUUGCGCCCUGACCAAACAUCUCCUGGACGAGAACAACAGCAACGAGUUCAGUCCGGUCCUCAAUCAGCUGGAGAAGAGGGUUCGCGAGCUCUAUAAAGCUCUUCUCCUGUACCAGAUGAAGAGUGUUUGUUCGUAUUAUCGCAACCAAAGUCUUGGUUUCCUUCGCGCCAUGCUCAGUUUGGACGAUUGGGACGGUGAUCUGGGGCUCGUCAUCACUGCAGAAGCGGCUGUUCAGGAUGAUGCAGCCCAAUACUCCCAAGAGCUGACGAAAUCUUCCCUGGGGGCACUCGUCAAGCGCGCUAAGGACAUGGAAGAGCGACUCGGCGAUAUCCAUCGGGACAUUCGGGACUUCAUCUUGCUGCAGAAGGAUGCCCGCAAGGAUGAUAUCGAGUCAGAAUGCCGCAGAGAUCUCCGUAUCGUUGACCCGCAACACGAUAUGGAGCGGAUCGAGAAGAGCAAGGAUGAGUUGCUCAACGACGCGUUCAAGUGGAUCCUUCGCACCCCAGAGUACGCGGCGUUCACCAGCUGGGAUGACGCCGGAUCCGAUUACCCGCCACGUCGAUUGCUUUGGAUUAAGGGAUAUGCUGGCACGGGCAAAACGAUGCUUAUGAUCGGUAUCAUCCGCCAACUCUCCAGUCAACCGGCCACGAUAGCACCAGGGGUUUCCUUCUUCUUUUGCCAGGGCACAGACACGGCCCUGAACAACGCCACAGCCGUCCUCCGGUCGUUGAUCUGGCUUCUCCUUCUCCAGCAGCCACAUCUCAUAUCGCAUAUACUUCAAAAGUAUAAAGAUUCAGGCGCCGGACUCUUCAAGGACAAAAAUGCCUUCUACGCCCUGUCAGAGGCAUUUCGGAAUAUGCUGAAAGAUCCUCUACUUCAGCCUGUGUACCUCGCUGUCGACGCACUUGAUGAGUGUGCGGAGGACCGACCGGAACUCAUCCGUCUCAUUUCGACGUCCCUCGCUCUCUCCCAGAAGGUGAAAUGGCUGCUUUCUAGCCGUCCAGAAGUCGACCUUCUCACCGAGCUCAAGAAUCUGGGCACCGACUCUCUAGAUACGUCGGAGACCCUUGUCGAACUGGAUACUCACAUUCUGGCAGAGCCUGUCAACGCAUACAUCAGCCACAAGCUCAUACUCCUCAAACGCAAAAAAGGAUACAACGACAGCGUUUUAGCCGAGGUAUCACAUGAAGUCCACGAACGAGCAGAGAACAUCUUCCUGUGGGUAGCUCUCGCGUUCAAAGUUCUCGACACAGUGCAUGGACAUUCCGCCGUCAAGCGCAUCAGAGAGAUACCUCCUGGCUUGUCGAAGUUGUAUGAUCACAUGAUGACCAGGAUUGAGAGUGGAGAACUGUUAGAUCCCCAAGACUGUAAAACGGUUUUGGCGGCCACAACUCUUUCCUUCCGUCCUCUUUCACUCUGCGAGCUUGCCGCACUUGUUGAUUUACCACUUGAUGUUGCGGAAACGGCUAUUGAGAUGUGCGGCUCGUUCCUUACGGUCAUCGGAGAAAACGUCAAUUUAAUCCACCAGUCGGCCAAGGACUACCUAGAGAGGAAUUUCACAUUGAAGCUUCAGCCAGCUGGGGUUGCACAAGGGCAUGCGAACAUCGGCAAGCGCUCAAUUGACGCUAUGUCCUCCGACUUAAGGCAAAACAUGUACAAUCUCGACUUCGGCUUCAAACCAAACGAUAUGAACCCCCCCCAUCUAGACCCAUUAGCACGAAUACGGUACCCUUGCAUGUUCUGGGCCGACCAUCUCUACUUCCGGAACGACGAGAACCCUGAGAGUUCAAGAGAGCUAACGGAUAGCGGAAAGGUGUUUGGGUUUCUGAAGGAACACCUUCUCCACUGGCUUGAGGCUUUAUCUCUACUGGGAAAACUCUCAGAUGGGGUAUUAUUGAUAAGAAAGCUUCUGCACGCUGCCCAGGUCAGUUGA